AUGUGCAGUGUGUAUAGAGUGUGGACUGUAGCCAUAGUGCUUGAGAAAAUAGCUGCGGGUGUUCGGGAUAAAGCGCUGGAAAACUUUCUCUACGAUGUUUUUAUAUCAAACAAAAGCCUCUUUACAAUUGUAAAUGGAAUAAUAGACGAGACAAGCCUAGACAAUGUCCCAAUCCUUUCAAAAGAGCUUGCGAAAAAGACCAUUUUCCAGCUAGAAUUUGCCACAGUGGCUGCAAUUGUUCUUUUCCUCCGGGGGAUGAUGAGCAUAUUUGUUAAGAAGAUGCCUAUUGUUCUAUAUCUCACCCUAUUUGAUUACUUCGAUGCCCGAUAUUGCAGAAUAGCAAAUUCGCAGGGGUGGUACGAUGCAGUUGUGUUUUCUAUGCUCUUUCUGCUAAUGAUAUACUGCGCAAACUGUACUUUGUGCGAGGCCGUUGCAUUUCGGGAGCGGUACUUACAAAGCCAAGUGCAGAUUCAAUAG